AUGGUGACUUCGAGAAUACCAGCCUAUUCUCUCAAUUCGGAGUUCAACAGGGAGUUCAGAAGUUUUCGCAUAACGCGAGCCACACCUCGGUCGACCCUCUAUGCCCCAGCCAUAGUUCCGAUUCACGAGUACCCCAGGGUGAGCGUGCACGAACGAAGAGAGGCCCUUAAAGCCGCGCUAGCUAAAGCCUGGUCUUCAAAAAGCAACGAUAAAAAGAAACAUGACACAUGGACUGCUCCUAGCGAACAAAGCAGGGCCGGCAUAACCGCCGCCGAUUUUAUUACAAAACCUCCGUAUAAAAACGGCGUUAAUAAUGAAGAGGUUUCGCGUGUUGCACUUGUCAGACAUGAAUUUGAAAGCAAAGAAGCAGAACGUGCAGCAUUGAGCAGAAUAGAAAACGUCCAGCCUGCCAGUUUUACUUAUGGCCGAUAUAAUGGAAACGGUGUCGAUAUUAAGGAAACAUUAAAGAAUAACUGUGAUAAAGGAUUGCAUAAGGAUUUAAGUUUUAGCGAUUAUCUAAACAAUGUUCCUAAAUGUAAAACUAGCUUCGAAAGUAAUUUUGUCAAAAAUAGCAAGGACGAACGUUACACUAAACGAAACGGAGACGAUGUCACUAUACGAGAUGAAGACAAUAAUGUAAACGUCGAAUACACAAGUACAAACGGAGAAAUGUACGAUGGUAUGAAAUAUUAUCGAAUCGCGAAAGGUACUGAAUCAGUGCAAUAUAAGAGUUACGGUAAAGCCGAGACCGUUAAGAGUAAAUUGCUCAGCACAGAUGGUCCAAAAAGCGUAACGUCUUGCAACGGCGAGAAAUUAAACGGGUACAGUGGUGCGGAACGACGAAACAGUGCCCAGCGAUCGCUUACUAGCGGCCCCAAAUCCGUUGUAGACCAGCGAUUAGCAGAACGCCUGGAAGUUAAGGUAGCUGAGCUGCCCGCUCUCUACCUCAGCGUUGCCUCUUGGACGCCCAAAUCAGCCGCUUUCCAGAAGAGUAUGCGCGAGCACGAGUGGAGCGUAUCCCUUCCGAUCGCUGAUUUCACAGCUCGGAGCAUUCGUGGAGGCGGCGUAAUGACCGAUCUAAGCGAUCCCAUCAUCGGCGAUCACCGACAUCGCACCGGCGGAGAAGACAUCAUCGCGACGAGUCUUCUCCUCGGUCACCCCCUGAACAGGUUUGUCCGACCGUUGCUAUGUACUUUAUUUAGUGGAUGA